AUGGCCAGCAACAGGAGCAACAGCAACAGCGGCGGCAGCACCAAGAAAGACGCCAACAUGGCAAAGUUCAUCGACCCCCACGACCUCGACGACUCCGUCGACCAAGCCACCCGCGACGCCGUCGACCUCGCCGCCCUCGGCCACAGCCAGGCCCUCUCGCGCAAGUUCGACAUCUGGAGCAUGCUCGCCCUGGCCUUCUGCGUCCUGGGCACCUACUCCACCGAGGCCCAGGACCUCUCCAGCGGCCUGACCAACGGCGGGCCCGUCGCCGUGCUCUGGGGCCUCCUCGUCGUAACGCUCUUCAACCUCUGUGUGGCCCUGUCCAUGGGCGAGCUCUGCAGCAGCAUGCCCACCGCGCUGGGGCAGGCGUUCUGGAUCUCGCAGCUGAGCCAGACGCCGCUGGGGCGAUUCGCCGCGUACAUGUGUGCGUGGAUCAAUACGUUUGGUUGGUGGACGUUGACGGCGUCGCAGAAUGCGUUCAUGACGGAGUUCUUGCUGGGCAUGAAGGUCAUGUUUGACCCGGACUGGGAUGGCGCGAGUAAAGGCUGGGUGCAGUUCCUCGUCUAUGUCGGCAUCACGAUUACUUUUACGGCCAUCAACCACGUUGGAUGCCGCAAUGAAAAGUUUCUACCGGGCUUCAAUAACUUUGUCGGCAUCUGGUAUGUCGGCUUGUUCUUCGUGAUUGGCCUUGCGCUGCUCAUCUCUGUCGGAAUCAAACACGACCUCAAGUACCAGUCGGCCAAGUUUGUGUUUGCCACUUGGAUCAACCAGAGCGGUUGGCCUGACGGCGUUACUUGGUUCAUCGGCCUUGUCCAGGGCGCCUAUGGCCUCACGGCAUUCGACUCUGUCAUCCACAUGGUUGAGGAGAUUCCUGCGCCUCGCAAGAAUGGACCAAAGACCAUGUACUUGUCCGUCCUGUGCGGCGCCAUUUCUGGAUUCAUCUUCAUGGUCAUGUGCCUCUUCACCAUUCAGAACUUGGACAACGUUCUAGACCCUCCUACAGGUCUCCCGUUUGUGGAACUCUUGCAGGAAACCGUUGGACUCAACGGCGCUGCUGUUUUGGUUGCCCUCUUCAUCUUCAAUGGCAUGGGCCAAGGAGUCAGUGUCUUGACCUCUGCUUCUCGUCUUACGUGGAGUUUCUCCCGUGAUGGCGGUAUUCCCUACUCCGCAUACUUCUCCCACGUCGACCCUACCUGGAAGGUUCCCGUUCGUGCUCUGUGGCUCCAAGCAUUCAUCAUCAGCCUUGUUGGCAUCCUAUACCUCUUUGCAAACACUGUCCUGGAAGCCAUUCUCAGUGUCAGUACUAUUGCCCUGACCGUCUCAUACGGCAUGCCCAUCGUUGUGUUGCUCCUGGUUGGCCGUGACAAGCUGCCACCGGGAGAGUUCAAACUAGGAAAAUUUGGCAUGCCGCUCAACAUCAUCUCCGUCAUUUACUGCGUCAUCACAACAGUAUUCUUCCUCUUCCCUGGCGACCCUAACCCUGCGCCAGCCGACAUGAACUAUGCCAUUGCCGUGUUUGGUGUCAUGCUCGUCGCUGCCAUUGGCUUCUGGUUUGUCAAGGGUCGGGUUUCAUUCAUGCAAAUGGAUGAAGAGCUGAUGGGUGAAGCGGUGCGUGAGCUCUCGUAUGACGAGCAAAACGUUCGCGUGGGUUUAUCAGCAGAUGCUAAAUGA